UGUACGACGUGUAGCACGCCAUCUCCGGCCAGGCAUGAGGCAUCUAUCUAUCUAAUCUACCUACAAGUAGAGCCAAGCCUUUGCUGCACAGCUUCAUGCACAAUUCAGAUCGACUACGUACCUCGGUGUUGGCUGUAGACAACGAUCGACGACGACGAUAUCCAGCGAAGCAGAGGAAAGCAUAGCAGUCUGAGCAUAUCAUGUGCGGCAUACUGGCGGUGCUGGGGUGCGGCGAUGAGUCGCAGGGGAAGAGGGUGCAUGUGCUCGAGCUCUCGCGCAGGCUCAAGCACCGCGGCCCGGACUGGAGCGGCCUGCACCAGGUCGCCGACAACUACCUCUGCCACCAGCGCCUCGCCAUCAUCGACCCGGCCUCCGGCGACCAGCCGCUCUACAACGAGGACAAGUCCGUUGCUGUUGCCGUCAACGGGGAGAUCUACAACCAUGAGGAGCUCCGGGAACGGCUCCCCGGCCACAGGUUCCGGACCGGAAGUGACUGCGAGGUCAUCGCCCAUCUGUAUGAGGAACAUGGAGAAAGCUUCAUUGACAUGUUGGAUGGUGUUUUCUCGUUCGUGUUGCUUGACGCACGAGAUCACAGCUUCAUUGCUGCUCGUGAUGCCAUUGGUGUCACGCCUCUCUACAUUGGCUGGGGAAUCGAUGGUUCAGUGUGGAUAUCUUCGGAGAUGAAAGGACUAAACGAUGAUUGUGAGCACUUCGAGAUCUUCCCACCUGGUAAUCUUUACUCCAGCAAAGAAAAGUGCUUCAAGAGAUGGUAUAACCCUCCUUGGUUCUCUGAGGUCAUCCCCUCGGUUCCCUAUGACCCACUACGUCUCAGAUCGGCAUUUGAAAAGGCUGUCAUCAAGAGGCUCAUGACAGAUGUUCCAUUCGGUGUCCUCCUCUCUGGUGGCCUCGACUCAUCACUGGUGGCAGCCGUCGCAGCCCGUCAUUUCGCAGGGACGAAGGCUGCAAAGCGCUGGGGAACUAGGCUCCACUCCUUCUGUGUUGGGCUUGAGGGAUCACCGGAUCUCAAGGCUGCAAAGGAGGUCGCGGAUCACCUGGGUACGGUGCACCAUGAGUUCAACUUCACAGUUCAGGACGGCAUCGAUGCAAUUGAAGACGUGAUAUAUCACAUUGAAACAUAUGAUGUCACGACGAUCAGGGCAAGCACACUAAUGUUCCAGAUGUCACGCAAGAUCAAGGCGCUUGGUGUCAAGAUGGUCAUCUCUGGUGAGGGUGCUGAUGAAAUCUUCGGGGGGUACUUGUAUUUCCACAAGGCCCCCAACAAGGAGGAGUUCCACCAAGAAACAUGUCGGAAGAUCAAAGCUCUCCAUCAGUACGAUUGCUUGAGGGCCAAUAAAGCAACAUCUGCAUGGGGCCUUGAGGUUCGUGUGCCAUUCUUGGACAAGGAGUUCAUCGAUGAGGCUAUGAGCAUAGAUCCUGAAUGGAAGAUGAUCCGGCCUGAUCUUGGAAGAAUUGAAAAAUGGAUACUGAGGAAAGCGUUCGACGAUGAGGAGAAACCCUUCUUGCCGAAGCACAUUCUGUACAGGCAGAAGGAGCAGUUUAGUGAUGGUGUUGGGUAUAGCUGGAUUGAUGGCCUUAAGGAUCAUGCAGCAUCAAAUGUGAGUGAUAAGAUGAUGUCCAAUGCAAAGUUCAUCUACCCACACAACACCCCAACAACUAAAGAGGCCUACUAUUACAGGAUGAUCUUCGAGAGGUACUUCCCCCAGAGCUCGGCGAUCCUCACGGUGCCAGGCGGGCCAAGCGUGGCGUGCAGCACAGCCAAGGCAAUAGAGUGGGACGCGCAGUGGUCUGGGAACCUGGACCCCUCUGGGAGAGCAGCGCUUGGAGUCCAUCUCUCAGCCUACGAGCAGGACACGAUCGCUGUGGGUGGUAGCAAUAAGCCUGGGCCGAUGGAGACCGUGGUGAAUGGUGUUGCCAUAGAGAGCUGAUGAAUGACACGUAUAUCGUGUCCUACUAAAGACAUAUAUGAUGAAUAAGUUCUUGUCGGUGUUGUAAUAAGACAGGCCUAUGUUUCUACUGUUUAAUUUAAAAGAUUCUCUUGGCCUGGCCUAUGAA